AAGAGGCCUUAAAUACUCUUCGUCUCCCGUCUUUCGCCCUUGGCGUUGCCCUCAGAAAUUGUACGAUGCUCUACCGAUAGGAAGAAAAAACUCCUUUCCUUCCCCCUCCCCCCAUCUUUCAACCCGUCCUUCCGGAGCUCUUCAGUGCUCGUUUCCCAUUUAUAUCUACGCCAAUGGCGGCUGCAGAACACGCGGUAACCAUUCACGAUGAAAGGUCCAUGGAGCUUCCCCUACUUCCUCCGAACCAGGCACUCGAGGCCCUGAAGGAUGUCUUUUGCGGAUCGGCUGCAGGAAUGGCAGGCAAGGUCAUUGAAUACCCUUUUGAUACCGUGAAAGUCCGGCUGCAAUCGCAACCAGAUCAUCUGCCCCUCCGGUAUACAGGGCCUUUGGAUUGCUUCCGCCAAUCAAUCCGAGCAGAUGGGAUUCGAGGACUGUACAGAGGCAUUAACGCUCCUUUACUAGGAGCUGCGGUCGAGAAUAGCUGUCUUUUUUUCAGUUACCGUUUAUUCCAAGACAUUCUGAGGUCGACCUGGUAUUCCUCGACAACCGAAGAUCUGCCUUUCACCGCGCUUCUAAUCAGCGGUGCAGCAUCCGGGUCGAUUACGUCGAUUGCGCUUACUCCGAUUGAACUCGUCAAGUGCAAGAUGCAGGUCCCUGUUAACGGCGCCGCUCGUGCGGCCCCAGGUACAUUAUCUAUUAUAACGUCUAUUUUCCGCCACGAUGGAAUAUUAGGGUUCUGGCGAGGCCAGCUGGGCACUUUUAUCCGUGAAACAGGAGGAGGCGCUGCCUGGUUUGGAGGAUACGAGGGAGUUUCAGGAUUUUUCCGGAUGCGCGCCGCAUCGAAAAGGCAAAACACAUCAGAGCCAGUGACCAUACCGAUAUAUCAACAAAUGAUCGCAGGAGCAGCAGGCGGCAUCAGCUACAACUUCCUAUUCUAUCCAGCCGACACCAUAAAAUCGCGGAUGCAAACAGAAGACGUCAUCCGGCCCGGGCAUGGUGGAAAGCAGACCUUCUUGAGUGUCGGCAAGACUAUGUGGCAGCAACAGGGCCUGAGAUCUCUGUACCGGGGAUGCGGGAUAACCUGCGCACGUUCGGCUCCCAGUUCUGCCUUUAUUUUCUCCGUUUAUGAAGCUCUGCGGGGUUCCAUUUCAUGACCCUUCCGCCUGCCUUUAUCUUUCCUAUCUGGCCAAUCUGGUAUUGGUGCGGAGUACGAGUGCAGAAAAGUAUAGGCGGGUACUUGGUAAUACAUGCAUAUAAUUGGGAUCUUUGUUUGUCUUGGGAG